AUGUUACGCUGCUGCGCGUGCCGACAGCUUAUUGCUGACGGCUGUCCUUCAAUACGCUGCUCCGAGUGUGAUUUUGUCUUUCAUCUCGGACCCUGUAGUGGCGUUUCGGAGGAUACACACAAAUCGAAACGAGGAAACGCACAUAAAUCCUGGAAGUGUGAGUCAUGCAAGGGUGGCGGCAAAUCCCAUAUUGCACGUGAAGAACAGCCGUCCGAUCGAGAGCUAAUCACUCGGCUUCUUGCAAUCGAAAGUAAGAUUGACUCUCUCCUGGCCUUGUCUGCCAAGCUUGAGCCUCUUGAAUCAUCCGUCCAACUACUCUCCGAUAAGUUUGACGACUUUCAAACACGCCUUCUUGCCCAAGAAAAGUUAACCAAGGAAGUUACGAAGCGAGUUGAACAGCUCGAGAAGGGGGAAGGGGCCAGCGAAAUUGCACAGCUCAAUCUGGAUAUACAUAAUCUAGAGUGGCGCAGUCGUCGUCUAAACAUUGAAUUUCACGGCAUCACGGAGUCUGAUGACGAAGACUUGAUGAAGAAGGUUAACGACAUAGGUACGACACUGGAGCUUAAGCCAUUGUGCUCGAGCGACAUAACAGCCAUUCACAGGCUUCCUGCUAAGCCGGGUAAAACACGGGGCGUAAUUGUUAGCUUCGCAAAAUCAGAAAUUCGCGACGCUUGGCUGGAAAAAAGGAAGGCGUUACGAGACGCUAAUACCAAUAUGUUUAUCUGUGAAAAUCUGACUCGUUUCUCUCGUACUCUUCUGGCAAGUGCAAAAUGCUGGGCGAAGGAAUCUGGCUACGCGUUCGUUUGGCACGCGAACGGAAAAGUACUUGUAAGAAAAAAGACCGGCGCACGUGCAGUUGUUGUCCGUGAUAAGGACGAUCUUGCAAACCUGAAAUGA